AUGUCGGCUAUUUGCACAGAAACUACCCCCCAAUGCCCCGUCGAAGCGACCACAUACGGCUACUAUCCCAAUCUUGGCGGCAACAUCUUUUUCACAGCUUAUUUCGGCCUCCUUGGAUUUUGUCAACUAGGCCUCGGUAUAUAUUUGCGAACGUGGACUUUCCUCGCAGCUCUUGGUAUUGGAACAUUCAUGGAAGGUGCUGGAUACGUGGGACGAAUCCUCAUGCACGACAAUCCAUGGUCAACGUCCGGGUUUCGACUACAGAUCUUCUGCCUGAUUCUCGCUCCAACCUUCAUUGCCGCUGGGAUAUAUCUUACCCUUAAGCACGUAAUCAUCCAUUUUGGACCACAAUACUCGCGCAUGAACCCGAAGCGUUUCACCUGGAUAUUCAUUGGGUCCGAUGUCGGGUCCAUCGUUUUGCAAGCAGCUGGUGGAGGCGUGGCCAAUGCAGCCGGGACCAACCAAGCCAUGAUCAAUACGGGAAAUAAUAUCAUUAUUGCUGGAAUUGCCUUCCAAGUUGCCACAAUGUCGGUGUGUGGGUUACUGGCAUUUGACUUCUUCAUUGCAUCUAGGAAGCAUCUGCGCGACGGCCCCCAAAGAGAAGCCGUGACUGAGAAGCCACAACAAAGAAUGUGGUUGGUACUGGUUGCAAUGAUUGCGGCCUAUAACAUGGUUCUCAUUCGAUGUAUUUACCGUCUGCCUGAGAUGGCGGGUGGAUGGGGGAACAAGCUGAUGCAGAACGAAAUGGAGUUUUAA